AGAAAAAAAAAAGAAAAGAAACUUAGCAGUAAGCUUCGAGCAAGCUUCUCCUGAUCAAGAUUACUUCCUUGGAAGCUUCAUUAUUGAUGGUAUAAUAGUUAAGUUCUCUGUAUAAAUAGGAAGACCCUUUUCCAAGAUCUUAUACCAGUCGCACACUCUUUCUUUCUUUCUCUGUGAGUUGUAACAUUAAGCAAGGAUCCAUGUCUAAUAAUAUCAUUCAAGUUGUCACUGGUGAAAAUAGAAGCAAGAAAAUGAAAUGUGAGAUAAGUGACUCCAAGAAAAUAAAAGGCACUGUUCUUUUGAUGAAGAAGAAGAAUCUCUUAGGCCACAGUGAUCCUGAAGCAUUCGUUCAUGAUUUCAUUGACGAGUUGAAGGGCAACAAAGUUGUUCUACGUCUCAUUAGUGCUGAACGUGGCGACCCUGAAGAUGGACACAGAGGGAAACUAGGACGUGAUGCAUACUUGGAAAAGUGGAUUUCUACAUUUGGUCAUCAUGAAGCCAGUGAGAUAAAAUUCCAUAUUACAUUUGAUUUGGAAGAGGAAAUUGGAGUUCCAGGGGCAUUUUCUAUAAGAAAUAAUCAUCACAGUGAGUUCUACCUCAAGAGUGUUACACUCGAAGAUGUUCCUGACCAUGGCUGCAUCCACUUUGUUUGCAACUCCUGGGUUUACCCUGCCAAUUAUUAUCAGAAAGAUCGUAUUUUCUUCUCUAAUAAGACAUACCUUCCCCAUAAAACUCCAUUGCCAUUGUGCAAGUACAGAGAAGAAGAGCUGGAGAUUUUAAGAGGAAAUGGAGAAGGAGAGCUCCAGGAAUUCGACCGUGUCUAUGACUAUGCUUGCUACAAUGACUUGGGACAUGAAUCAGAUGAUCGUCCAGUGCUUGGAGGGCAUUUUGAGUACCCUUAUCCUCGCAGAGGGAGAACAGGCAGAGCACCAAUGAAGUCAGAUCCUAAUGAUGAGAACAGGAUUCAUAUUCUGAAGAGCUUAAGCAUUUAUGUUCCAAGAGAUGAACAAUUUGCUCCCAUGAAAAACAAGGAAUUCAUUGUUAAUUCAUUAAAAGCUAUGGCUCAUGUGAGUGUACCAGGGCUAGAAGCUCUAUUUGACAGCGAAUAUGAGUCUUACAAGGACGUGUUAGCUCAUUAUACAGAAGGAAUUAAGCUUCCUGAUGGCCCUGUACGCAGUAUCAUUGAAAAGAAAAAUCCUCUGCAGAUACUUAAGGCAAUAUUUCGAAGCAAAAAUGGGUCUCCAUUCAAGUUUCCAGUGCCUCACGUAAUUAAAGAGGAUAGUUCUGCAUGGAACUCUGAUGAGGAAUUUGCUAGAGAAAUGCUAGCUGGCGUAAAUCCUGUCAUCAUUCGCCGCCUUGAGGAAUUCCCUCCGAAAAGCAAGCUAAACCAUAAGCAAUAUGGUGAUCAGAACAGUUCAAUAACCCAAGAGCAUAUGGAGAAAAACCUAAAUGGAAUGAGUAUAGAUGAGGCAAUUGAGAAGAACAAGUUGUUCAUUUUGGAUUACCAUGAUGCAUUGAUGCCAUACCUGAGGCGGAUAAAUAGCACUUCCACCAAAACAUAUGCAUCAAGAACACUCCUUUUCUUGAGAGACGAUGGAACCUUGAAGCCGCUGGCGAUUGAAUUAAGCUUACCUCAUCCCAAGGGAGAUCAUCUCGGAGCAGAAAGCAACGUAUACACACCUGCUGAACAGGAGGGCAUUGAAGGCUCCCUCUGGAAGCUUGCUAAAGCUUAUGUCGCUGUAAAUGACUCAGGAUAUCAUCAGUUAAUUAGUCAUUGGUUGAACACACAUGCGGUAAUCGAACCUUUUGUGAUCGCAACAAAUAGGCAUUUAAGUGUGCUUCAUCCAAUUUAUAAGCUUUUGCAUCCUCAUUUCAAAGAUACAAUGUAUAUAAAUGCACUAGCUAGGCAGAUUCUCAUUAAUGCUGGAGGAGUGCUGGAGUCAACUGUUUUUCCUGGAAAGUAUGCCUUGGAGUUGUCUUCUGUUGUUUAUAAAGAUUGGGUUUUCACUGAUCAAGCACUCCCUGAAGAUCUCAAGAAAAGAGGAAUGGCGGUUGAGGAUGAGAGUUUACCUCAUGGUCUUCGCCUAUUGAUAGAGGACUACCCGUUUGCUGUUGAUGGACUUGAAAUAUGGUCCGCAAUCAAACAAUGGGUGAAACGAUAUUGCUCCUUCUACUACAGGACGAAUGACAUGGUCAGACAAGAUUCUGAACUCCAGUCCUGGUGGAAGGAACUGCAAGAGGAGGGUCAUGGUGACAAGAAAGGUGAACUGUGGUGGCCAAGGAUGCAAACGUGUAAAGAGCUCAUACAAACAUGCACUAUCAUCAUAUGGAUAGCUUCAGCUCUCCAUGCAGCAAUCAAUUUCGGACAAUAUCCUUAUGGUGGUUAUCUCCCUAACCGACCUACCAUAAGCCGCAGGUUUAUGCCCAAGAAAGGUGCGGAUGAGUACAAGGAGCUCGAGUCUGAGUCGCAUUUUCAAGAGACUUUCUUCAAAACUAUCACUGCCAAGCCACUAGCUCUUCUUGGCAUUUCCCUUGUAGAAAUUCUGUCAAUGCAUUCAUCUGAUGAGGAAUAUCUUGAUCAGAGAAACCCUGAUUGGACUUCAGAUACAGAACCAUUGCAGGCAUUUAAAAAAUUUCAGGAGACACUUAAAGAAAUCGGGGAAAGAAUCUUAGAGAGGAAUAGAAAUGCAAAAUUGAAGAACCGUGUUGGACCUGUCAAUAUGCCAUACACGUUGCUCUUUCCAACAAGUGAAGAAGGACUUACAGGCAAGGGCAUCCCUAAUAGUGUUUCGAUUUAGAGCUACUCUUGCUCUCCUUUACCAUUCAUGUUUAUUCACAGCUUGUAAAAUCUAGUUCUUGGCAAUAAAGCAUACAUUACAACCA